AAGAAGCUGAUGGUAAAACAAGGUCCCGUACGUGGCUACGUAUAUAAGGGAGUCAUUCUCUAUUAUAUUUCACUGUGAACUGAACGGCAAUAGGGAACAGACAACAAGAUGAAACUAAUAAUAACAUUGGCGUUGCUGGCUGUAAGUUACGCUCAUAUUAUUAAGUCAGCAUGCGAUCUGCUCUCCAUCCAAGACAUCAUCUAUCAGAAGGAGGUGCUGAAAAAAAACGUAAACGACCCGUACCAGAUGACCAUCGACUAUAACACUAAUACGCUCUUCUUCAGUCAUUCUAGAGCUAAUCCAAAGAACAACGAAGAUGUAUUUGAGUCAGCAUAUUUGAACUUGGCGACUAACGAAUAUAACAUCAUCCCUGGGAUUUUAGGCGGAUUCUCCGCUGCUGUUGACAACAAUAAGCACAAAGUAUAUCUCGGUGGAAGAAACGGCAUCUACGAAUACGACUACGAAACGAAAAGAGCAACUCAUGUCAACCCAAAUGGAUACAGCAUUUGGCAAUUAUUUUUCAAGGACAAACUGUACUACACCGCCUACCCACAAGAAAGAGUGUACACUUUUGAAGGUGGUAAAUCGUUAAUAGUACCUGAACUGAAACGAACGAGUGCACAGCUAGUAGCUCUUGACAAUAACUACAAUAUGUAUUUCUCCAACUCAUCUGGUCUAUUUUGCUUAAAUAAAUCUGAUAAGAAUAUUAUUCAAUUGGGUGAAUAUACCAUUAAUAGCUUCACGGCAGACGUAAAUGGUAAUAUAUACUUCUCCACGCCUUCUGCUUUUUACAAUAUAGAUAAUAACCAGAAGGUUAAUAAACUAGUAGAUCUUGAUGACGUUUUCGGAUUGGUUGUCGAUGGAAAAAAUAACUUCAUUUACGGUACUGGAGAUAAAAUUAUUAGAUUAUCACCGACCCAAAAUAAAUGUUUAUAAAAUAGCAAUAAUGAGUAGUAUAAAUAUUACCAUUUUUAAUACGGUAUGCAAUAUUUGUUAUUACAAGACGUAUAUUACACACGGGCUGUUUUUUUUAUCCGUUAACCAAAUUUUACGAGGUGAAAAUAAAUAGGUCCCAUAGUAAAAUUUGCUCAGUAUGACCAAUAAAUUCGAACAGCCAUAAGAUAAGGGUUGGAAAACAGCCUGUAUACAAAAUAAUAUAGAAAUAUUAUCUGAAUUACAUUUUAGCUUUCCACACUGUUUAAUGUUCAUCGAAAUACAUAUAUAAAUGACGAAACCGAAAA